AUGGCUUCGAAAAACGGAAAUGACAAACGGCAGCAGCCUGCCACCGCGGCGGUUAACCUGAUCGCUGGUGGUGGUGCUGGAAUGAUGGAAGCUCUCGUGUGCCAUCCCCUUGAUACUAUCAAAGUCCGAAUGCAGCUUUCGAAGCGAGCACGAGCUCCGGGUGUUAAAGCUCGUGGCUUCAUUGCGACUGGGCAGGAGAUUGUGCGACGAGAAACCGCCCUUGGACUGUACAAGGGCCUGGGAGCCGUUCUUAGUGGAAUCAUACCAAAGAUGGCCAUCCGAUUCACAUCUUAUGGUUAUUAUAAGCAAUACCUAACGAAUCCCGAGACGGGCAAACUCUCAAGUUCCGCCAAUAUGCUUGCUGGUCUUGCUGCUGGUGUAACCGAAGCUGUGGCUGUCGUCACACCCAUGGAGGUUAUCAAGAUCCGUCUGCAGGCCCAGAGCCACAGUUUGGCAGACCCGCUAGAUAAGCCGAAAUACCGAAGCGCACCACACGCCCUAUUCACCGUGAUAAGAGAGGAAGGAUUCGGCGCCAUAUACCGUGGUGUCUCGCUGACCGCGCUCCGUCAAGGAACCAACCAAGCUGCCAAUUUCACUGCGUAUUCCGAGCUCAAGAAGCUCCUGAAAGACUGGCAGCCACAGUACAACGAACUACCCUCCUACCAAACCAUGUGCAUCGGUCUGAUUUCCGGUGCCAUGGGUCCAUUCUCCAACGCUCCGAUCGAUACCAUCAAGACCAGGCUACAGAAGACACCCGGAGAGCCUGGCCAGACCGCCAUAUCCCGCAUCACUGCCAUUUCGAAGGAAAUGUUCAAGCAGGAGGGUGCCAGAGCAUUCUAUAAGGGUAUCACGCCUCGAGUAAUGAGAGUCGCACCCGGACAGGCUGUCACCUUCACCGUGUACGAGUUCCUGAAGGAGAAGCUGGAGAGAAGCAACUGGUCCAUCAUGGGCGGAAAAUAUGAAGAAUAA